AUGUUGUCGCGUGUUGGGCUCACCGCGAUUCGCGGUGCUCGCUCGUUAGCAACGGACGCGAAAAAAGCUACGAGAUCAGUUGGACAAAUUACUCAGAUCAUUGGUGCCGUCGUAGAUGUGCAGUUUAAGGACAAUUUGCCGCCUAUCUUAAAUGCCCUGGAGAUCAAAACUCAGGACAACACGCGCAUUGUGCUUGAGGUUGCUCAGCAUUUGGGUGAGAAUACAGUGCGCACAAUCGCCAUGGAAGGAACGGAUGGUCUGGUCCGCGGUCAGGAAUGUGAAGACACUGGCAAUCCCAUCAUGGUACCUGUGGGUCCGGAGACACUUGGCCGUAUCAUGAACGUAAUCGGAGAAUCUGUGGAUGAGCGUGGUCCGAUUAACGCUAAGCGUUAUGCUCCUAUCCAUACGUCGGCUCCUUUGCUUACGGAGCAAGGUUCGGGUGCUGAGAUCUUAGUGACAGGAAUGAAAGUUGUAGAUUUGUUGGCACCAUAUGCUAAGGGUGGUAAGAUCGGUCUUUUCGGAGGAGCUGGUGUUGGCAAGACUGUUGUGAUCAUGGAGUUGAUUAACAACGUGGCGAACAACCACGGUGGUGUCUCGGUCUUUGCCGGUAUCAAUGACGACGGCACCACGACUGGAUCAAAAGCCGCCCUUGUGUAUGGUCAAAUGAACGAACCUCCUGGAGCUCGUGCUCGUGUGGGUCUUACUGGAUUGACUGUUGCUGAAUAUUUCCGUGACGUUGAAGGCCAGGACGUUCUUCUUUUCGUCGACAAUAUUUUCCGUUUCACACAAGCGUGUUCCGAAGUAUCGGCUUUACUGGGUCGUAUUCCUUCUGCUGUGGGAUACCAGCCGACGCUCGCCACGGAUUUGGGUGCACUUCAGGAGCGAAUCACAUCGACUAAAAAGGGUUCUAUUACUUCAGUUCAAGCUAUUUAUGUCCCAGCUGAUGACCUGACCGAUCCCGCUCCGGCCACGACUUUUUCUCACUUGGAUGCUACCACUGUGCUGUCACGUCAAAUUUCUGAACUAGGCAUCUACCCAGCUGUUGAUCCGCUUGACUCCAAGUCGCGUAUGCUUGACCCACGUAUUAUCGGUCAAGAACACUACGACAUUGCCCGUGCUACGCAAAAGUUACUCCAAGAUUACAAGGGUCUGCAGGAUAUUAUUGCUAUCCUCGGUAUGGAUGAGUUGUCGGAAGAUGACAAACUAACGGUCGCUCGUGCCCGUAAAGUACAGAAAUUCAUGUCACAGCCCCUGCACGUGGCUGAGGUGUUCACGGGUAAAGCCGGCAAAUUUGUGCCACUUCAGGACACGAUUUCGUCGUUCAAGGACAUCAUUGCCGGUAACUACGACGACCUUCCAGAAGCUGCUUUUUACAUGGUUGGAGGAAUCGAAGAAGUCAAGGCGAAGGCGGCCGAGCUAGCUGCUGAGCUUGACGAAUAA